AUGGCUUCAACAAAACCAUACAUCGGCUGUAAAAUAGGGUUGAUUUCAAGAGCACAAAAUCGUUACGAGGGGAUAUUGUAUACACUUGACAAAGUUAACUCCACAGUAGUGCUGGCAAAAGUGAAAUGUUUUGGAACAGAGGGCAGACCCACUGACAGACCAACUCCACCCAAAAAUGAAAUCUAUGAGUUCAUCACUUUCCGAGGAAGUGAUAUCAAGGACAUUGCGCUAUGUGAGCCUCCAAGAGCUUACCACGGCCUACCUCCAGAUCCAGCAAUAAUACAAUCAUCCGGUGCCGGCCCAUCAAGCAUUUACUCAACUUAUGGAUCAAUGAGUCCCCUCAGGAUGUCUGCCUAUAAUCAGCUUGCAGCCAGUUCUCUACUUAACCAACAGUAUGCAGCAGCUCUUGGACUUGGGCCUGUACUUCAAGACAUGCCUAUUAGACGGGCCACUAUGGUGGAAAAGGCUGUUCAAACCAUCCAGAUGGAAAAACUUAGGCAGAGGAGAGGUGUGACGGUGUCCCAGGAACGGGGUGCCACCAGAACACGAUGGCAAAGGAGCCGUGGAAGAGGCCGGCUGAUUGUGGCAAACGUUCCAUCUCGCAUCCUCAAGUUCGAUACGGACUUUGAUUUUGAUUCCUCCAAUGCCCAGUUUAUUAAGGAGGAAGUCGAGAGGGAAGUUCACAAAAGAAUCAACACAAAGGAUGGCAGUUUGGAGCUAGAUGGAGAAACUAAGGAGAGGAUGCACUCAGCUGCAGGGGAUGGGCAUGUUGGGCCGAAGCGCUACUACGACAAAACUAAGUCCUUCUUUGACAACAUUUCCUCCGAUAAUGGCUUCAGGUUAACAUGGGCGGAGGAGCGAAAGCGCAAUGUGGAGACUUUUGGGGUCCCUGGACUGUUCUUUAGGGGCCAGGGCUUCAGAGGGGGAUAUAUUGGACGAAGAGGGCGAGGACAAAUGCAAGGCUCUGCUCAGGCACUGCCUUGGCAAAGAACCUGGACUGGACGGCUAUAG